CUGAAACUUCAAAGUCAACUUCGCAGAUGCCAGUUAAAUAAGAUGUGGAAAAUUCUGAUUAUUUGUGUGGUGAUGAGUGCCCUGAAUCAAGAAUCAUCUGGGGCUAACUCGAGAUCGAGCAGAAGGCGUCGCGCCUACGCAGGAGGAUACGCGGGAGGAUUUGCCAGCAGUGGAGGAGGAGCCGGUGGCUAUACGGGAUCCUAUAACAGCGGCGGUGGCGGCGUUGGACACAGCAGCUAUGCGGGAACUGGUUACGGAGGAGGUGCUGGCUACUACGACUACGACGACUAUGGUGGCAGCUCGCCCAACUUUGGCAUAAUCGACCCCUACCUUUUCCACCAGCAGCUGACGAACCACAUCCUGGCCCAGAACUAUGCCAACCAACAAGCUGUAACGGGAUUGGCCACGGCUGGCAAUGCUUACGCAUCUGCGGAUGCUUCUCUAGUCGACGACAACGAUCUUCGCAUCCAGCAGCAGAUUGCCGCCCAGCAGGCCUACCAUGAUAAUCUAGUGCGCCAGAAUCGCUAUAGAGGAGGUUCGAGCUCGGCGUCAGGAUCAGCCUCAUCUUCAGGAUCGGGCUCAGGAUCUGGUUACGGAUCCUACAACUCACAUCGAUAUGCACCCAGCUUUGCUUCCGCCUCGGGAUCUAUCGGACCCAACGGCUUCCGCCAGACGGCCUUUAUUAACCCACCCAAUCCUGCCUCUCCCAAUAUCGUAAAUCGCUUUGGAGGCGGAAGCGGCGGUGGCUCCUCUUUCUCCAGUUCCAGCAGCUCCGGAGGAGGCAGUGGUGGCGGCGGUGGCUACAAGGGCGUUUCGGUGUCAUCCUACAGCCACAGCAACGGAGAUGGAACCAGCCGACGUGGAGCCCAGACCACUGUCAACGACAACGGAAAGGUCACCUCGUACUCGGUGCACUCUUAGGAUGGUGGACGAAUCUCCGGCUAGGCUAACAUCUACUCCGGUCUAACAAAGCUUACCGAACCCCUUUAAUAGGUAUACAAAAAUAUAUAAAAUAAAUAUACGUGUAUUUUAUUGUA